AUGGCGGGGGAUGGCGCGGCGACGGACGAUUCUUGCGGCGAAGAGGAGGAGAGGGCUCCGUUCAGCAGAACACCGAAGGCUCCGCUGUCCUCCUCGACGAGGCUGUCCUUGGCAGAGAAGGCCUUGGCGGAGGUGACCGCUCAGCGGGAUGAUGCCCUCGAGCUGCUGGAGUUGUCCAGGCAGGAGAACGCCAAGCUCACGGCCGAGCUGGACCGGGCGCGUUCGUACAAGGCGCUGUACGCCGCUGCUCACCAUGAGCACCAGGGCAUGAAGGCCUCCUUGGCGGCCUCCACCCAGAUCUGCAUGGGUCAGCAGAAGCUCAUCCAGAUGCUACAGCAGGCCUCCUCGGCGCCGCCCCCCGCCCUCGACCCUGAAGACUUCCUCGCCGGCGUGGGCGUGGGCGGCGGCAGGCCCCCACCACCACCGUCCCCGCCGCCACCAUCGCCGCCGCCACCAUUGGGAGGGGGUACUGGGCGGCGGAGGGGGGUCAGGAAGGUUGGUGGUGGUGGUGCUGUGGCUGCGGCGGCUGGCGGCGGCGUUGUUGCGGAGACGGACAAGGAGGAGGUGGAGGAGGAGGAGGGGGAGGGAGAGGAGACGGAGGAGCUCGCUGCGGCGGCGAUUGCUCUCGCGCAGACGAGCGGUGGGGGCGGCGGUGGUCGGCACGGCCGCUGGGAUUAUCACGCCGGGGGGGGAGGUGAUCGUGGAGACGCGGUGGGCGGGGGCGCCGAUCUCAGGCGAGAGCUUCAGCACGAGGAGGGGGCCGCGGGCCACCGCGGGGGCGGGGGGGCGCGAGGUUAUUCUUCGCAAUCCGGCAGCAGAAGCAAGCUGAAGCACCGUCAAGAUAGCGGGGGCAUCGGGGGCGGCGCAAGGAGGUCGGGCGACAUCGACAUGGACGCGAUCAACGGCGGCACGAGCAGUAGCGUCGGGACGGCGGCGGCGGUAAGGUCGGCGGCCGCGGCAGCUGCGGCGGCGGCGGCGGCCCUCUACCAGCCGUACGCGAGGUCGUCGGCGUCGUUCCCUGACCCUCACCAGCAGCAGCAGCAGCAGCCGGCCGCU